GGAUGGCAAAUUCAGGAAUCUCUAAUUUCGUCCUGUUUUAGUAGAGUGUUGGGGCGAUUCGAUAUUAGCCUCUUUCUCUCAAAAGCAGUGUUUCCACCGUUUUUCUGAACUGUCGCUCCGUGUUCAACUCCUUGGCAGACAUACCACACACAACAAAAGGAGAGAGAAAAAAAAAUCAGACAUAAUUUCAAAGUAGCAUUACCAAUACACAGAGAAAAGGAAAAUCAAUCUGCAGGAAAUUUUUUAGAGAAAAAAUAAAAUCUUCCUGCUAGACUGAUUUUCCUUCAACUUUUCCACAGCACUCAUUGCCUAUUGGAAGAAUUUUUUUUUUUUUUUCUCCUCCAAUUUGAUUCCCCCAUCUUCAAACCCAGUUUGGCGAAUUGGGUUGUUUUCAAAAAUCGCUUGAGUUUAACAUUUGAAUUCAAUUGUGGGUUUAAUUUGAGUUUUUAGGAUGAAGGAUUUUGACAUUCAAAGUUUGUUCUUUAUGAUGUAAUACGAAAGUGGUGGUUAAAUACAAAAAAAAAAUGUCGUUUUACAUUGGUCACGAGGCUCCAAAGCUGUGGAAGAGAAUUUGUGCAGAGACAAUAACAGAGAUCAAUCUUCUUGCAGAAAAUUGGAAAUAUAUUCUUGGUGGUCUGAUAUUCCAGUACAUCCAUGGACUUGGUGCUCGUGGGGUUCAUUACUUACAUCGACCUGGACCAACUCUUCAGGACGCUGGCUUCUUUCUUCUUCCGGAGCUUGGGUCAGACAAUGCUUACAUAAGUGAAACUGUAUUCACUGCCAUUUUUCUAUCUUUUGUCUUGUGGACAUUCCAUCCUUUCAUUUUCAAGACCAAAAAGAUCUAUACGGUUCUGAUAUGGUGCAGGGUCCUGGCAUUCUUGGUUGCUUGUCAAUUUCUUCGGAUGAUAACAUUCUAUUCUACACAGCUUCCUGGUCCAAAUUAUCACUGCCGUGAGGGUUCAAAGCUUGCCACACUUCCUCGGCCUGAUAGUGUUUUGGAAGUUCUACUACUUAAUUUUCCUCGGGGCUUACUUUAUGGUUGUGGUGAUUUGAUAUUUUCAUCGCAUAUGAUAUUCUCCCUUGUCUUUGUGAGGACGUAUCACAAGUAUGGCACACGAAGGUUUAUAAAGCAAUGUGCUUGGAUAGCUGUUAUUGCUCAGAGCUUUUUAAUUGUUGCAUCACGUAAACAUUACACUGUUGACGUUGUUGUGGCAUGGUACACUGUUAAUUUAGUAGUGUUCUUCAUUGACAAAAAAUUACCAGAACUGCCUGACCGCACUGGUACAGCCUCGUUGCUACCAGUAAGCAAGGAUAGCAAGACUAAAGAAGAGAAUCACAAACUUCUGAACGGGAACGCAGAUCCUGAAGAUUGGAGGCCCAGAACCCAAAUCAACGGGAUGAUCAUGGAAGAUGGUAACGCGGUCCAUGUUGAAGCAGCGAUGAAUGGUGUGUAGACAGUAAAAUGCAUAGAGUGCAACUAACUGAACCUGGUUGAGGCACUGCUGUUCAAUGUCACUAAAGUUAGCGUUCCACAGCUCAUUCGUGGUGUUCUUCCAAGUCCAAUAGUUUUGGUCUGUAGUGUAGGAUACGAAUUCUAGAUGAUAUGCUUUGAAUGCCUCUAUGGUUCCUAUGCUUAACUUUCAAUUCGAUUUUUCUUCCGAUAAUGCAAUUAUUUUAUAGUUGUGCUCACCAAAGUUGUAAUACACGUGUUCUUUUCUUCAAAGGGUUGAAGAGAAAUGUGAAAUAUGUAGAGAGGUCUGUUGUUAAGAGCAUUCAUGAUGAAUUAACAAGUUUUAUGCUGGUACUUUGGGACCGAGGCGUGGUUAUUGUUGUUUAGUUACACUUACAAGUUUUACGUUGGCUGCAAGAAUCA